AUGGAUGAGGUACCAGAUACAGCCCAGCACUUUAUCGAGUGUGACACGGAAUCUUGUAGAAACUUCUCCGAGUUUUACUGCAAUACCUGUCACCAAAGAAUUUGUGACCAAUGCAAACAGUGCCAUCUAGAGCAGAACAUUGGACAUGAGAUUGUUCUCUAUCACGAGAGAAAAAGAAAACUUCCUUCAGAGAAAUGCAGUAUCCACCCCACAAAAGACAUAAAUAUCCACUGUGAUGUGUGCCAAGAUCCUCUUUGUUCUACAUGCUUUGCCCAACAUCACAGUGAUCAUGAUAACAGUGACCUUGAAACUAUCUACAAUGACAUUCUACAGCUAUGUCAGAAGGAAAUAACUGAGAUCUGGAAAACAGUUAUUCCUGACGCUAAAGAUAAUGUAAAAUCGAUUGGAGAAAAGAUGGAUAAUGUCAAUAGAGAAAUUGCCAAGUUUAGAGUAUCCAUGAAGAAGAGAGCAGAUGAACUGAAAGAGGUGGUUGAUAGCAUAAUUAAUCAUAAUAACAAAAACCUGGAUGAGAUCGAGAACUUUGUUAUAAAUGAUAUGGUGAAACAACAGAAGGAAACAGAGGACUAUAUAACUUACCUGGAAAAAAUGACUUCAGACUAUGAACGUAAAAUGUCAUCAAUAAAUCCAACUGAAUUAAUCUCAUUCCAUAAGGAUAUUUCAUUAGCUUCCCUGAAGAUGCUGAACAAAGCUAAAUCCAAACUGCCAAUUUUCACACUAGGCACACUUAAUAAAGAUGAAAUAGCCAAACAGUUAGGUAAAAUUGAAAUAGAUUUAUCUGGAAGGUUUAAGCUUUCAUCUGUCACAAAAGUAAACGAAGUAACCUGCCGGGGACAUAAAACUUUUCAUUUGUCUCUCUUGCACCCCCAAAAAAUUUGGGCUAGUGAUAGCUUGGGUUAUCUCAUUCAGUAUGAUAUGGUAGGAAACAUCUUACAGAAAAUAUCAACCAGUAUGAGGGAAAAGCAAGGUAACCACACAGUCACAAAAGAGGGAGAACUUCUUUACACAGAUAUCGAUAAAAAUACUGUAUACAGAGUAACUAGUGACAUGUCCAUCAACAAACUUGUUGAGACAGGGAGCUGGGUACCUGGAGCAAUCUACUCUUCUCCUAUCAAUGGACACAUAUUGGUCGGGAUGGGGACAAAGUCAGACAACAAAGUAACCAGAUACAACAGAGAAGGGAGGAAGUUACAGGACAUACAGUGGGAUGAGGAAGGACAAACUCUGUACCAAAGUGUUAACUUUAUCACAGAGAACAAUAAUGGUGACAUUUGUACAUCAGAUAGCAGAGCCAAAAAGGUGGUGGUGGUGACCAAAUUAGGAGAGUAUCGGUUCUCUUACUCUGGUAAUGAAUCUCAGUAUAGAUUCUGUCCCUAUGGAAUCUGUACAGAUGUUCUGGGACACAUUCUGGUGUGUAACAGCCAUAUUUGGUAUAAUGAGAAUUGCUCUAGUAUCCACUUGCUGAACAUAAAUGGUCAGUUCCUGUCUCUUUUGCUCACAUCCGAACAAUAUCCUGCAUAUUACUUUACUCUCUGUAUUGAUAAUCAGCAUAAUUUCUGGGUCGGGGGAUGGAACAGUUCUACUGUCUCUGUGUACAAGUAUUUGCAGAACACAAAAAAUAAUAUUUAA